AUGGCGGGCCGGAGUGGAGAAGUCUUCACUCUGGUCCACCACCUGGAAAUAAAGGCUGACUGCUCCCGAGUGAAGCACUGCAGUCAGCUGAAAAGCAGCGCAGAGCAGAAGAAGGAUGACGUGGAGACCAGGAGUGAUGAGGCAUCAUGGAAGCAAAGCGGGCAGGACGGGAUCAGUGUCAUCAUUGGAGUGAUGUGUUGGCAUAACUAA